CGGAAAGUCUGUCUUUCGACACGCUUCGCUCCAUUUGUGACUUUGUGGACACCACAUCCAGUACAUUACUAGCAUUAAUACAAUGUCUUUCGCGCUCAGGAGUGGAUGCUUCUGACGGUUUCGCGGCCAAACAGCCCGCUACAGCCGGCGCGCGCGACGAGCGAGCUGGUUAAGGUGAAAAAUGCAGUCUGCAUUUCCUUCAGUAGAAAUCGGCUAUGCGCUGGACUAGAGGCGGCGGUUCGGCUUGGUGACUGGGCGAGCGAGGUGCACCAUCGUCCGUUUCACCUUCGUCCAGCCUAGAGUCCCUUAGCUAGCAUGCGGCGCACAUGCUCAUGUCAGCUACAUUGCGUGGGAUAGCUUGCUGCAUGUCAACAGACGUGCAAUAGUGGGGAAAGAGCGUCGCUCGGUUGGCAGUUCGCGGCGGACUGUGGGCAACAAAGCCACUUUUGCACAGCUGUUUUUGUUAAACAUUCUUCUGAAAAUUUGUGUAUAAUCUGCAAUUCUUGCACACUGAUUUCGGUCUCUAGGCCGCUUUGGCGGGAACAGCGCGAAAUGAAAUGGCAGCUGGUCCCGGCCGCAAGCGCGGCGAUUCCGCUAAAUAACAAUGGGACAUUACACUCAUCGCUGCUGCUAUAUAGCACUGACCGCCAGCGUAGAUGAUCCAAAUCCUUGGAACUGGGCCCAUCCAGCGGUUGGCAACACCUUGUUCCUGAAUUCUAACGCGCUGCUGCGGGCCCUGGGACCUAUCUACCUUUCUGUGCGUGCAGACCAAGCAUGUCGCCCAGCUCGUCGCUUAGGCGACAAAGCAACCGGUGGCGGCAGCAGCACUGCAUCUCUUUGCUGCUGGUUAGCUUCCCUGCCCCCACCACGCCGGGCACGCCCUGCACUGACGUGCGGCUGUACGCCUCUCAAGGCGGACCCGAGGUGUCCUUCAUCACCGGCCCCGUGUACGCGGGCGCCGCCGGCCAGGUGGUCGGCAACGCCACGAUGACUGUUAACGAUGUGGCAGAUGUGCUGAACAUCACCCUUGUGCGCAACGCCGCCAGCCCCGACUGGUCGGACUCGGACGCUUUGUGGGAGGUGUGGGACAGCAUCGCGUCGCUCAACGCGAGCAUCGACGGCCCCGGCUGCUCCCGGCCCAACGCCCUGGGUCAGUGGAACCACGUUAUCACCAAUGGCAACACCGGCUUCUUCAGCGUCAUCAUCCCUUUCUCGCUACUGCGCGUGAACGCGUCCACGUGUGCGCCCCGCCGCUUCUUCGUGAUGGUGCACACGGGCGUGGGGAGCAACACGGCAAUGCUGGGCUGGCGCUACAUGACCGCCAACUCCAACCAGCUUCCGGAGGUGUGCACCGGUGUGUCCGGCACCGCCAAUUCGUGGUUCGGGCUGGGAGACUUCUACCUCGACUGCGCCUCCUGCGGCCAGCAACAGCCUCCUUCGCCGGCGCCACCCAGCCCAAGGCCGCCCUGGCCCGCGCCGCCCUCCCCACUCCCUCCCAGCCCCCUCCCCCCCAGCCCUGUGCCGCCCAGCCCUCGCCCGCCCAGCCCCGCGCCUUCAACCCAACCCGCGCCGCCCAGCCCCGCGCCGCCUAGCCCUAAGCCGCCCAGCCCGGCACCUCCCAGCCCUGCACCGCCUAGCCCUAAGCCGCCCAGUCCUGCGCCGCCCAGCCCCGCGCCACCCAGCCCUAAGCCGCCCAGCCCGGCACCUCCCAGCCCCGCACCGCCUAGCCCUAAGCCGCCCAGUCCUGCGCCGCCCAGCCCCGGGCCACCCAGCCCUAAGCCGCCCAGCCCGGCACCUCCCAGCCCCGCACCGCCUAGCCCUAAGCCGCCCAGCCCGGCACCUCCUAGCCCCGCGCCACCCAGCCCUAAGCCGCCCAGCCCGGCACCUCCCAGCCCGGCUCCGCUCAGCCCUAGGCCACCAAGCCCCGCGCCGCCCAGCCCCCAGCCGCCGACCCCUGAGCCGCCCUUCACCCCGGAGGUCACCCCCGAGCCGACCUGCUCCACUGCAAUCAUGCUAAACUCCGACGGGAUCGUCGUCACCUCGAUGACCGGGCCCAUCUACGCUGGCGCAGACGGUCAGCGUGUGGGCAACAUCACCAUCUACCACAAUGUGCCGUCAUCCGGCAACAUGACAGUGGUGGUGAACUCGUUUGUGGGUCCUUGGGACAAGGAUGACGUCCUGUGGAAGGUGUACAACAUUUCUGACUUCUACACAGCCAUUGGCGUUCCCGGCAACACAACCGGCGAGUGCUCGCGACCACGAAAUCUGGGCCGCGACUUCCAUCACAUCGGUAUGCAGGGCAACAACGGCUCCUUCUCCUUUGUGGUGUCGUACGGCGGUCUCGGGGUGCCAGUCAACGCCUCAUGCUACGCAAUGGAGUUCGCAAUCAUGGUAAAACUGGGUAUCAGCGGCGAAACCGCGUUUGGGAGCUGGUUUUAUGUGUCUGAUGCGCCAGGCGGCUACAACAACUUCACAGAAAAGUGCAACUCAACAACCUCGUGGUUUGGCUUUGGCAACUUCGUCAUCUCUUGCCCGUGUGACUCUCUAUCGCCGCCCAGUCCAGAGCCGCCCAGCCCGAGACCACCUUCCCCCGUCCCCCCAUCUCCUGGCCCUCCCUCGCCCGAGCCUCCCAGCCCGGCGCCCCCGACCCCCAACCCGAACCCACCCAGCCCGGCGCCUCCGUCACCCGAGCCUCCGAGCCCUGCGCCUCCCUCUCCGGCGCCUCCAUCGCCUGCGCCUCCUAGCCCGGAGCCCCCGUCCCCCGCUCCCCCUUCCCCUGCGCCUCCUAGCCCCGAGCCGCCCAGCCCCGCUCCGCCUUCUCCUGAGCCUCCGUCGCCCACUCCUCCCAGCCCGGCACCACCCAGCCCAGCCCCUCCCAGGCCUGCUCCUCCCUCGCCCGAGCCUCCCAGCCCGGCGCCCCCGACCCCCAACCCGAACCCGCCCAGCCUGGCGCCUCCGUCACCCGAGCCUCCGAGCCCUGCGCCUCCCUCUCCGGCGCCUCCAUCGCCUGCGCCUCCUAGCCCGGAGCCCCCGUCCCCCGCUCCCCCUUCCCCUGCGCCUCCUAGCCCCGAGCCGCCCAGCCCCGCUCCGCCUUCUCCUGAGCCUCCGUCGCCCACUCCUCCCAGCCCGGCACCGCCCAGCCCAGCCCCUCCCAGCCCUGCUCCGCCCUCGCCCGAGCCUCCCAGCCCGGCGCCCCCGACCCCCAACCCGAACCCUCCCAGCCCGGCGCCUCCGUCACCCGAGCCUCCGAGCCCUGCGCCUCCCUCUCCGGCGCCUCCAUCGCCUGCGCCUCCUAGCCCAGAGCCCCCGUCCCCCGCUCCCCCUUCCCCUGCGCCUCCUAGCCCCGAGCCGCCCAGCCCCGCUCCGCCUUCUCCUGAGCCUCCGUCGCCAACUCCUCCCAGCCCGGCACCGCCCAGCCCAGCCCCUCCCAGCCCUGCUCCUCCCUCGCCCGAGCCUCCCAGCCCGGCGCCCCCGACCCCCAACCCGAACCCGCCCAGCCCGGCGCCUCCGUCACCCGAGCCUCCGAGCCCUGCGCCUCCCUCUCCGGCGCCUCCAUCGCCUGCGCCUCCUAGCCCGGAGCCCCCGUCCCCCGCUCCCCCUUCCCCUGCGCCUCCUAGCCCCGAGCCGCCCAGCCCCGCUCCGCCUUCUCCUGAGCCUCCGUCGCCCACUCCUCCCAGCCCAGCACCGCCCAGCCCAGCCCCUCCCAGCCCUGCUCCUCCCUCGCCCGAGCCUCCCAGCCCGGCGCCCCCGACCCCCAACCCGAACCCGCCCAGCCCGGCGCCUCCGUCACCCGAGCCUCCGAGCCCUGCGCCUCCCUCUCCGGCGCCUCCAUCGCCUGCGCCUCCUAGCCCAGAGCCCCCGUCCCCCGCUCCCCCUUUCCCUGCGCCUCCUGCGCCUCCUAGCCCCGAGCCGCCCAGCCCCGCUCCGCCUUCUCCUGAGCCGCCGACGCCGACUCUCUUGCCACCCAGCCCGGAGCCGCCGUCUCCCACACCGCCAAGCCCGGAGCCCCCCAGCCCGGAGCCACCCUCUCCGGAGCCGCCUUCGUCUGCGCCUCCUAGCCCGUCGCCUCCUAGCCCGGAGCCACUGAUCCCGGAGCCGCCAAGCCCGGAGCCGCCGUCUCCCACGCCGCCCAGCCCGGCGCCGCCUAGUCCUGCGCCGCCUUCGCCUGCUCCUCCUGUGCCGCCUAGCCCGGAGCCGCCGAGCCCAGAGCCUCCCAGCCCGGCGCCGCCUGUGCCGCCGAGCCCGGAGCCGCCCAGCCCGGAGCCGCGUAGUCCUGCGCCGCCUUCGCCUGCUCUUCCUGUGCCGCCUAGCCCAGAUCCGCCUAGCCCAGAGCCUUUCAGCCCGGCGCCGCCUGUGCCGCCGAGCCCGGAGCCGCCCAGCCCGGAGCCGCCUAGUCCUGCGCCGCCUUCGCCUGCUCCUCCUGUGCCGCCUAGCCCGGAGCCGCCGAGCCCAGAGCCUCUCAGCCCGGCGCCGCCUGUGCCGCCGAGCCCGGAGCCGCCCAGCCUCGAGCCUCCUUCCCCUGAGUCAUCGCCGGGGUCACCCGACCCGCCUAGUCCGGAGCCGCCCAGUCCGGAGCCCCCGACUCCUCCCAGCCCCGCGCCGCCGCGACCCCAGGCAGACCCGUCUGUCAGGAACCCGCCCCUACCGCCCUUCCCAGCCACGCCACCCAAUCCGGCGCCCGGCGUUUGCUUCGGCUGCUCCCAACAAGGCUACACUACGGAUCUGCAGGAGCCUUACCCGAACUCCCUGGGUUGCGGUGAUCAGGCGACCUGCAUUGAUGUGGACGUCGACUCAUCCCUGUGCGUCUGGCGGCCGGAGGGUGGGCGCAUGUACCUCUACUGCCAGGUUUGCAUGCUAUGGCCUCGCCCCGGCAGCAAGUGCUCCUACGACUUUGUUCCGUCGUCCGAUGGCGCACGUGCCGGCCGUACACGCACCGGCAGCGUCAGCACCCGCACCGGCACCGCAGGUGGCGUCCGCCGGGCCCAGGAGUCCCAAGCGGGCCCCACAAUGGGUAGUAUCUGCCUAGCUGACAGACUCAACCCAGUCAUCCCGGAGCCCGGAGCCGCACCCAGCCUGGCCGCGGGUGGCAGCAACUUGACCCGCCCUUGGGAAGCAAACAAUGCUUCACGAUACUGCCAGUGGGUGCGCUGGCGCGACACCAACCAGCGCCCGCAAGAUGUCCUGUUCAGCAUUCGCGGUGGCAACACGCCGUGCUCCACGCUGAACGGACAAACAUACGUCAGCGUGCGCGGCAUGGAUGCAUAUUGUUCGGCUCCCAACUACUUCGAGAACGGCACGGUGGCUGGGUGCCAGGGCAAUGCCGGCGAUGUGUACAACGAGUGCUUGUGGAAAAUCACAGUGCCCCGUCCCGGCGGCCAAUACUGGAACUGCAAUGUGUGCGUUCCCAACAUCACCGAGCCCGUGCCGCCACUUGCGCCGCGCCCGCCUAGACCUGGUGCCCAGCCCAAGCAGAAUGCACCACCGUUUCCCCAGGCGCCGUCUCCGCCCACUGGCCCCAGCACACCUGGCAACUUGAAGCCGCCUCCGCCCAGGCGGCGCCCCCCGGCCGUGCCCUCCCAGCGCGUGCCGGGCUUCCCAUAUUGCGCCUGCCAGCGCCGAAGCCCGCGCAACACGCCCUUCGCCCUAGAGUAUGCGAACUCCACCAUUCUCCCACCCAUGCUGGACGGCUCGCAGCGCGUCUCACACUGCUUCACGCUCCAGCUCCAAGUUUGCAACCCGGACGCGUUCUGCUGCCCCCCUAAUCGCAUGGACCUCAAAAAAAUUGAGUUCUCUGUGGGGACGCAGUGCCGCAGCGCCGUCAAACUGGUGCUCCUGGACGGCAUGUCGGUGCCGUGGGCCACAACCGCGGACAGCUACCAGGGACAGGGCGUGCUGACGUGGAAGCUGCCGGGCUUGCAGCUGACGCAGGAGGCGGUGGGCGACAAGGGCGCCAUCAGCCUGUGCAUGGUGCUAUCGGCGCCCUGCACGAGCAUCGAGGAGUUCUGCAUGGGGCCGUCCUGCCGGCACUCCAUCUUCAACACACCCGAGUCGUGCUGCCCAGUGUCGGAGGCUGAGAUUACCUACGAUUUCGACGAAGUGCCUGGGAAGCAACGCCGCCAUCUAUCGUCGUCAUCAUCUGCUGCUUCGUCCCACGCGAUUGCGGACGGCAUCAUCACGGACACUGCGGAAACUGUCGGCGUCACCGACUCGCGUGGUGCGCCUACUUCCUGGUCCAACCGCGCCUGGAGCAUCCAGCGCCGACGUCGGUAAAUUCAAUGCUUGACAUCACUUUUGUGCACACGGGGUUGGCUUUGAAUGCUUCCCCGCGGUAAGGACUGAUUAAAGACUAGUGUGCAUGUGACUGUGGCGGGUUGUCGGCAACACAUCCCCACAUUGCAGGGUAGAUAGACCAGUCACCUGAUUCAUUGUGCCGUGAUCCGUGUACAUGUACGGCAGUCUUACUCGAAAGACCUUGUCUGUGUGGAUGAGCAAUAAUGCCUCUGAAUUGCAGGGAUCCAAAUGAUCCAUUCCAUAAUUGGAGCGGCUGGUUGACGUUGAAUGCUUGCACCGUAGGAUGCGGUGCAGUACGUGUGGCCAAGCAAUAUGACAGGCUUGCAGGUGGAACGCGCACCAGCUGAUAUAGGACGGCAGGCUGAGAAUUUUGCUCUGUGGUUUGCUUGGAUGCUUGGGUCCAGGUUGGCAGCAGGAGUGUUGAGUGCACGUGUGUGAGGUGCCUUUCGCGUGUGCUCCGCCUGCAGCUGCCGUAACUACGCUCGUG